AUGAGGACAAUGAAGAUGAGUUUUCUUCAUUCGCAUCUCUUCUUCAAAUAUUCCCUUGGGCUACAUGAGAAUGAAUUCAAACGAUUAAACUUUAAUUACUCAGAAAUUUCGAUUCCACCUAUACCAAUAAAUUUUAUUUGGGAAUGUCCUGUCAUUGACCCACAAAAAUGGCACUGCCAUGUCUGUGGCACUGCUGACACUCUCUGGGCCUGUUUAUCAUGCCCAAAUGUUGCCUGUGGUAUUUUAAGUAAAGGACAUGCUUUUAAGCACUUCAAAGAAAAACAGCAUGCAUUGACAUUGGAAGUGAAUGACCAAUCUAUUUACUGCUAUGAGUGUGGUGAUUGUGUGUACAAUGACAAUGCAGCCAGUGACCUAAAAGUAUUACGCAGUGCAUUGAGUGCCAUUACAACACAUAAUUUCCUAAAUCUUGAACAGUGUAACAGGAGGUUUCUCAGAUCUUAUCAAAGGCGAAAUUCAGGGAAGUCUCAAAGAAACCAUGACUAUAAAUACUGUAGUGUAAGAUCAAGUGCCACUGACGAUAAACUGGAUACUGCAUUAUGGCACAGAAGGCAGAGGAUGUUGUGCAAAGUAUUCCAGGCUUGGAAGGCUCUUGUAUUGAAACUGAAUACAAAGCCCAAAGCUGUUGCUGUACCUGAAACAAAAGUUAUCAAGAUGUCAUCUUGUACUGUUCAUAAAAAAACCCUCAUUCCAGGAGUGACUGGUCUCAGAAAUUUGGGCAACACUUGUUACAUGAAUUCCAUUUUACAAGUGCUUGGACACUUGGAGAAGUUCCGUCAUUUCUUUGUGAAUAUGCCAUUUCCACCCAUGUCAGGCAGCUGUGGUUCAUCUUACUUGUCUAGCUGUCCUCACAAUUCGCAUCACUCCAAUUCAUCUGGUGCUAUCAACUCUGCAGCCAAUUGUCGUAACUUCAACAGUCAUAUCAACAACAGACAUACUUCUGUCGAAUGUUUUCAGAGAUCUUCCCCUCGAAGUGGUGGCUUGAAUGGUGGUGCUACCCAUCAACAAUCUGUACAUCAAAAACUACUGUCCAUCUCCCAGACAAUGGAGCCAAAGUUACUUCGCCCAGAGAAGAGAGUUUCUUUGUGUGAAGAGUUACGUGCCCUGUUCCAUGUUCUCUGGUCUGGCAAGUGGACAGUAGUGAGUCCUAACACUUUGUUGCAAGCUAUGUGGAGCUACAUUCCUGCCUUUCGUGGUUAUUCACAACAAGAUGCUCAAGAGUUUUUAAGCCAACUUUUGGACAAAGUGCAAACUGAAUUAGAUGACCUCUGUUACAUGAAGAACUACAGAGAUGUUGUUGCAGAUACGUUCCAAGGAGAGCUUGUCAGUGAGGUGACAUGCCAGUCUUGUGGACACAAAUGUCAAACAUACGAACCAUUUAUGGAUUUAUCUUUGGAGUUUCCUGCCCGUUACCAAAGAAAUUCCCCAAAUGGAAAAAUAGCCAGUAAUGUAUGCCAUAUCACAGAAAUGCUCUCUCACUUCACAAAACCUGAAUACUUGGAAGGAAAAGUUUAUGCAUGUGAUUCCUGCAAUAGUAGAAGGAAAAGGCCAAAUUCUUCACCAAAAAUUUAUACUGAGAUUAAAAAACAGUUGCUGCUCAGUAAACUACCUCAUAUUCUACGACUUCAUCUUAAAAGAUUCCGAUGGUCGAAAGGUAACCAUAGAGAAAAGAUAGCCACUCAUGUAUCAUUUGAAAACUUUCUAAAUAUGAAGCCAUUCUGUCUACCCCAAACUUUAACUGAGAAUGGACAAACUCAGUUCUUGUAUAAACUAUCAGCCAUAAUCAUUCAUCAUGGCCAAGGUUUUGGCUCUGGACAUUACACAGCCUUCUGCUGGAGCAAGGAAGCCAAUUCUUGGAUUCAUUGCAAUGAUACUAGAGUGCAACAAGUGUCUAUUAAAGAAGUGUUCAAGUCUCAGGUUUACAUCCUCAUCUUCUCUCUUCAUUCCACUCGAGAUCACCAAACAGAUUCUUGUUCAUUACCCAGGACAAUAAGUAACAGCAACACAAGCAACGACCAUAGUAAUAACAGGGUUCCAAACAACGAUAAUACUCCUCCUCCUCCGCUUGUUACUACCCCAGCUUAUGACCCUGCCACUUCCAUCUCAAAAGAAUGUUUCAUAAAACACUUUUCACCUGAAACUCUCCUUUCAUAUCUAUCUCUAUAA